CAGCCCCCGCCGACGGCUCCGUGGCGCUGGUAGGCAGGCAGGCAGGCAAGCAGGCAGGCAGGCAGGCAGGCAGGCGGCACUCCUUGCUCGGCUGGCGUCUCCCUGCACCUCUCGCCCGCUCUCUCUUGCUUCUCCCCGUCCGCGGCCAGUCCUCCUUCCCUUCCCGCGGCGGCCAGAUGAUGAACUUCCUGCGGCGGCGGCUCUCGGACAGCAGCUUCAUCGCCAACCUGCCCAAUGGCUACAUGACCGACCUGCAGCGGCCGGAGCCCCAGCAGCCGCCGCCCUCCCCGGCCCCAGCUCCAGCUCCCUCCGCGGGCUCCCCGGCCUCGGAGCGGAGGCAGCAGCAGCAGCAGCAGCCACCGCCGCCUUCCUCGGCCUCGCCGCAGCCUUCCCCUCAGCCCCAGCCCCAGCCCCAGCAGUCGGUGGGCAGCAGCUUCUUCAGCUCGCUCUCCAACGCCGUGAAGCAAACGGCCGCCUCGGCGGGGCUGGUGGAUGCCAGCUCGGUCUCCCCGGCCGCGGCCAAAAAGUUCAAGCUCCUGCUGGUCAUCGACGAGCCCCACACGGAGUGGACCAAAUCUUUUCGUGGGAAAAAAGUCCUCGGAGAAUAUGAUAUCAAAGUUGAGCAGGCACAAUUUUCAGAAGUAAAUUUGAUAGCUCAUGCAGAUGGUAAUUAUGCUGUAGACAUACAGACAUUCCGAAAUGGCACAAAAGUUGUCAGAUCAUUCAAGCCUGACUUUGUCCUUGUUCGACAACACUCAUUCAGCAUGGCAGAAAAUGAAGACUUCCGUAAUUUAAUUAUUGGGAUGCAUUAUGCUGGAAUUCCAAGUGUUAACUCCCUAGAGUCUAUCUACAACUUCUGUGACAAGCCCUGGGUGUUUGCCCAGUUGAUAUCCAUCUACAGAACCCUGGGACCAGAGAAGUUUCCUCUUAUUGAACAGACAUUUUAUCCAAAUCACAAGGAAAUGCUGACAUUGCCAACAUUUCCCGUUGUUGUGAAGAUUGGACACGCUCAUUCAGGCAUGGGAAAGGUCAAGGUAGACAACCAUUAUGAUUUUCAGGAUAUAGCAAGUGUGGUAGCACUCACUCAGACCUAUGCUACCACGGAACCCUACAUAGACUCCAAAUACGACAUCAGGAUCCAAAAGAUAGGCAACAAUUACAAAGCAUACAUGAGAACUUCUGUAUCUGGAAACUGGAAGACAAACACUGGAUCUGCCAUGUUGGAACAAAUUGCCAUGUCAGAUAGAUACAAACUCUGGGUUGACAGCUGCUCUGAAAUGUUUGGAGGUUUGGACAUUUGUGCUAUCAAAGCAGUUCAUGGGAAGGAUGGGAAGGAUUAUAUUUUUGAGGUUAUGGAUUCUGCAAUGCCUUUGAUUGGCGAGCAUCAGGUUGAAGACAAGCAACUGAUAACCGAGCUUGUUGUAACAAGAAUGAACCAAAUUUUAUCUAAAACACCUUCACCAUCUCCUCAGAAACCAAGUGCAACUCAACAGCCACAGAGUGGCUCAAAUAAGGAUCCAGAAUCAAGCAAAGUCCCACCCCAGCGACCACCUCCUCAAGGGGGCCCAGUGCAACCCCAAGGAAUGCAGUCACAAAACCAGGAGCCAUUGCAACCACAGCGUGCGUUCCCUCCGGGGCAAUCUGCAAAGCCCUCAAGUUCCCUGCCUCCACGUCCACCUGGCCCUGCAAUUCAACCGUCCCGCACCCAGGCCCCAGGUCCAUCAACUGCUGGGCCACAGACAGACAAAGAGACUGAGCAAUCAGCAGCGGCACCCCAGAAGCCUCAGUCACACCCACAACUGAAUAAAUCCCAGUCUCUAACCAAUGCCUUCAACUUCACGGAGUCGUCUUUCUUUCGAUCGUCUGUGAAUGAGGAUGAAGCAAAAGCUGAAACCAUCCGGAACCUGAGGAAAUCUUUUGCCAGCCUCUUCUCUGAUUAGCCAUGGCGAGUGUGGUUUUGUGCAUCUGUAACAUGUUCAAAUGUCUACUGUGAACAUCAUUUUGCAAACAUAAUCUCCUUGUGAAUGAUCCUUGUUUGCUUUUCCAACUGUUGUCUUAAGCAAUAUGUUAUUUUUAAAAAGGGACUAUAAUGAGGUAAAUUUCAGGUAUUUAAUAAAAAUCCACUAAAAAAUUAAAAGCCAAGAGGAAAAGCGAUACAGCAGAAUGCUUUAAGUCCUCGUCAACUGUGAUAUUGUGGCCUUACCGUUAAAUGCACUAAGGCAUCUCAUUGUGAAAUCAUUCCACACCCUUUUGUUGUAAAUUUUGACCAUAGUUGUUUCAGUGCUGAACCCACAGCAUGUUUGUUUAUUUAGUGACAGUAUUCUGUUCUUCAGGAGUACAGACUUUCAACCUGCUUUCAUGAUGCUCUCCCCAUACCUUUAGGUUCCAACUUUACAUGGCUGCUUUCUGUGAAGUUCCCUCUCAGCUUAUUGAAAACAGUUUUCUUCCCUUAUAAAGCUAACCAUUUGUUAAAUGUAGCAUUGGGAGAUCUUGUUACAAGCAAACCCCAAGAUGAAGCCAUGUUUUAGAGCUCUGUGUGUCUCUAUUAUUGUAUCCUCGCAUUUGUUGUACAAUUGUUUGCAACUUGUUAACAGUGAACUAUGAUUUGUCAAGUGCCAUGCAUGACCUUCUGUUACCCAUAGUUCCAUGUAACCUCCUAAUAAAUGCAAAGCUAUAUACCUGGCACUAAGCCAUAUUCUGCAGGAA